GCAUCUGCUCCCGAAACCCGGAUCUCCGCGGUUGGGGGACUGGCCAUCGGCGCUUCUGUUUGGACCGGCGACAGGCGGCGUUUAUUUUUAUAUAUAUAUAUAAAACCAACACUAUAUAGAGUUUGAAAGAUCCUGAACCUCGAUCUGGUUUGCACACUUAAGCAGAACAUCGCGGGGCACUUUUUGAAAAAGUAAAGGAGGAAUUAGAGAAGACGCGUGGAAAAAGCAGUGUGUUUCUUUUUAUUUUAUUUUUUUAAAAUAAAUCUUUCCAAAAUGCACUGCUACCUCUUGAGCGUGUUCCUGACCUUGGAUCUGGCCACCGUGGCUUUCGCCCUCUCUACCUGCAGCACCCUCGACAUGGAUCAGUUUAUGCGUAAGAGGAUCGAAGCGAUCCGAGGGCAGAUCCUGAGCAAACUGAAACUCACCAGCCCUCCGGAAGAGUACCCGGAGCCUGAGGAGGUUCCUCCGGAGGUCAUCUCGAUCUACAACAGCACGAGGGACCUGUUGCAGGAGAAAGCCAACCACCGAGCCGCCACUUGCGAGAAGGAGAGGAGCGAGGAGGAAUAUUACGCCAAAGAGGUUUACAAAAUAGACCUGCGGCCUAAUUACUCGUCCGCAAAUAACAUCUUAACGAGCAGCCCCAGCCCUUAUUUUAGAAGAGUGAGAUUUGAUGUCUCGGCGAUGGAGAAGAAUGCUAGCAACCUGGUUAAAGCCGAAUUCAGAGUCUUUCGCUUGAAGAAUCCACAUGCUUCUGUUUCGGAACAACGGAUAGAACUAUAUCAGGUUCUCAAAACCAAAGAUCUAGCAUCACCAACACAACGUUACAUUGAUAGCAAAGUAGUUAAGACAAAAGCUGAUGGUGAAUGGUUAUCUUUUGAUGUAACUGAUGCUGUACAGGAAUGGCUCCACCACAGAGACAGGAACCUGGGAUUUAAGAUAAGUUUGCAUUGUCCAUGCUGCACAUUUGUGCCUUCAAAUAAUUAUAUCAUCCCAAAUAAAAGUGAAGAGCUAGAAGCAAGAUUUGCAGGUAUUGAUGACUACAUCCCAUUUCCCAGUGGUGAGAAAUUAAAGUCCAGUAGGAAAAAAUACAGUGGGAAGAACCCACAUCUUCUGCUAAUGUUAUUACCCUCCUACAGACUUGAGUCGCAACAAUCCAGUCGGCGGAAGAAGCGUGCUCUAGAUGCUGCCUAUUGUUUUAGGAACGUUCAAGAUAACUGCUGCCUGCGUCCAUUUUAUAUUGACUUCAAACGAGAUCUCGGAUGGAAAUGGAUACAUGAACCUAAAGGAUAUCAUGCGAAUUUCUGUGCAGGAGCAUGUCCCUAUUUAUGGAGCUCAGAUACUCAGCAUAGUAGAGUACUCAGUUUGUAUAAUACUAUCAAUCCAGAAGCGUCUGCAUCUCCAUGCUGUGUAUCCCAGGAUCUUGAACCCCUCACCAUCUUGUAUUACAUUGGCAAAACACCCAAAAUUGAACAGCUUUCGAACAUGAUUGUAAAGUCUUGCAAAUGCAGCUAAAGGGAUACAUCAGAGCAGUGUGGCAGAUGCAUCUGUUAUUCCCAGAAAAGGAAAGAAGGAAAAGAAACAUACAAAGAGGAAGAAACAAAAAGAAAUAAGAAAACAUAGGAUCAUCAGUGUUUUUCUAAAAAAGAAAAGAAAAAAAAACAGCGGUACUCGUCCGACUUAAAGUUUGAGAGUUGUUUCAUUGUUUAGUUCUUUGUUUUGUUUUUAAACUGUCAGCUGAUACAAAAACCUUGAAGGCCUUAUCCUCCAUUUCUACUACGUGGUUAGUGAGAUAGACAAGAAGCAUUUUUAAGGGAAAAAGGCAAAAAAAAAAAAUACUGACAAGAAAGAAAGUAAAACAGCCUUUAAAAAUAAACACUGGAAGAAUUUGUUACAGAGCUCUUAUGUGAAAGGAGAAAAAAAACAAGAAAAAAGAAUCCAA